UCGCGAUAAUGUUAUCAAGGGCCCCUAAGAUAGGCAUAAGCAUGAAUCAGUAGAUCUAGUCUAAAAAGGACUCAGCCUUACUCAAUGGAUCAAGGACUAACCACAAGCCCCAAAAUGAUGAGUUGACCCAACACAUUCUCUCCGAUCACCGGAACUCGCAGGUGGUUCCGGAGCCGACAGAGGAAGUGGUGAGCUCGGAGCUGGAGGAGAUACUAUUGGACACCAGUUUAACUUCCUUCCGGCGUUACAAAAAGGCGUUGUCCCUUGAACUUGUUAGCUUAUUCCGGCUAGCAGGUCCCACCGUCUUAAUUUACUUGCUGAACAACUUGACGUCGAUCUCCACCCAAAUCCUCUGCGGCCACCUUGGUAACCUUCAGCUCGCAGCCGCCACUCUCGGCAACAAUGGUGUACAAAUGUUUGUUUAUGGUGUUAUGCUUGGGAUGGGGAGUGCAGUGGAGACUCUAUGUGGUCAAGCAUUCGGAGCUAAGCAAUACGGAAUGCUCGGUGUUUACCUUCAAAGAUCCACCAUACUUCUAAUGUUGACAGGGAUUCCUCUUUUGUUGAUCUACAUCUACUCCAAAUCCCUUCUGAUGUUACUCGGCCAAUCAAAAGAAAUCUCCUCCGCAGCCUCCCUGUUCAUCUUCGGACUCAUCCCGCAGAUAUUUGCCUACGCAGCCAACUUCCCAAUCCAAAAAUUCCUUCAAUCCCAAAGCAUUGUCAACCCCAGCACCUACAUCGCCGCCGGGAUCUUCUUUGUUCAUCUUCCGUUGUCCUAUCUUGUGAUGUACGUCUUCGACUGGGGGCUACUCGGUGGCGCGUUGGUUUUGAGUUUUUCAUGGUGGGUGAUUGUGUUGGCGCAGUUUGUGUAUAUCCUCAAGAGUAAUCGAACUAAGGAGACGUGGAGUGGGUUUAGUGUGGAGGCGUUUUCUGGUCUUUGGUCGUUCUUUAAGCUAUCGACGUCGUCGGCGUUGAUGUUGUGUCUGCAGGCGUGGUAUUUUCAGAUAUUGAUUUUGAUCGGUGGUUUGCUUCCUAAUCCGGAAAUAGCGUUGGAUGCUUUGGCUGUUUGUUCAACUAUUCUCGUAUGGGUUUACACGAUUUCAAUUGGGUUCAGUGCUGCUGCAAGUGUGAGAGUUAGCAACGAGCUAGGUGCAGGACAUCCUAAAUCGACUUCAUUUUCGGUUAUAGUGAUGACAUCGACCUCGUUCAUUGUGGCUUUGAUAUGUGGUAUCAUUCUCCUGUGUUCAAGAGAUUACUUCAGCUAUAUUUUAACCGAUGGAGAGAUUGUUGCUAAGGCUGUCUCGGAGCUUACUCCUCUGCUUGUAUUUUCAGUCAUCCUUGAAGGCAUUCAACCUGUCCUUUCAGGGGUUGCGGUUGGAUGUGGAUGGCAAUCAUUUGUUGCAUAUGUAAAUAUUGGAUGCUAUUAUAUGGUUGGAAUUCCCCUUGGUGUCGUGUGUGCCUUCUAUUUUGACUUCGGUACUAAGGGAAUAUGGUUGGGGUUGGUUGGGGGUAUGUUAAUGCAGGCAAUGAUUUUGUGUUGGGUUAUUUUUCGAACGGAUUGGAAUAAAGAGGUAAAAUUUGCGAAUAUUCGAGUGAAGCAAUGGCAACAUAAGUAAAAAGAGGAACCUUCGUUAAACAAUUAAGAUCUUUUUUAUUUUUUGUAUUUCAUUGUUUUUUAACUAUAUUUUAAUUUUUUUAGAGCAACAUACGGUGACAUUUGUGUGCAACUCAUAGAAAGUUGAUCAUAAUAAAUUGCUAUUAUUAACUUUUGUUUGAA